AUGGAUCAUCGACAAAACGUAGCCACCUUCAACACUUUUGUCCGGCAUUGUUCAACUCCAGAGAAGUGCAAUCUUACUUUUUCCAUUAACUCUGGAUUACAGACGAGCACCUGGGUCUCACAGUGCUGCUCAACUGAUGUCUGCAACACUGAAAAUGCUGACAUGCCCGGCAUUCCAAACGGACUGGUGUGCUGUGGAGGGAAUGACGACUUCUGUCAGAGCACCGUCAACUGCCUGGGCGUCCAGGACCAAUGCUUCACCUCAGACAUCGGUGGAAUCAUCUCCAGAGGGUGCUCUUCAAAGAGUGUCUGCGCAGAUCCCGUAAAUGCAAGUGCAGUUUUACAGAUGAGCCUGAGCCCGCAGAUGCAGUGCUGUGAAGGCCACCUCUGCAACAACCCAAAUGCCUUUCUGAUUUACAACGAAUGCUACAGCCGUUCCUGUGACGAGUGCCAAAACAGCAUCACCCUGUGCAGCUCACAGUCAUCUGCUUGUGGAGUGCUGGUGGGAUCCUAUAACAUGGUCUGGACCAACUACACCAUUUUUGAUGCGGGCUGCAUUCCCACACAGACCUGUAACUGGAGUCUGUCAAUUGACUACGGCCAUGGAAGUAAUAGCUGGAGCUCCUGGUGCUGCAACUCCAGUUUAUGCAAUGUAGAAAAAGCUAAUAUUUCUAGUGAUCCAAAUGGACUGGUAUGCUGCGCUGGAAUGGACAGGACUUGCCAAAACUCCAUGAACUGCACCGGCAUUCAAGACCACUGCUUCAUUUCAGAUAAUGGCCAGCAGGUGUACGCUGGCUGCACGUCCAAGGGCGUCUGUGACAGUCCGCUCAGGGCAAGCAUCUUCCUGAACAUACCGCUCAACUCUCACAUCGACUGCUGUCAGGGACCCCUCUGCAAUGAGCCUGUCACUACUCCUGCUAAUGACAACGGGCUGGUGUGCUGCGCAGAUGCCAACUCGACCUGCCAGAAUCACAUCAACUGCACUGGAAGUCAGGACUACUGCUUCACUUUAGAUAAUGGACAGUUGGUGCAGAAAGGCUGUGCAUCAAAAGCUUUCUGUGACAAUUCUGCAGCUGUGACAUUACAAUUCAAUCAGAGCAUCCAGUUUAACUGCUGCAAUGGGAGUCUCUGCAAUCAGCCCUCUUACACCUCUGAAAAUAUAAGUGGGCUGGUGUGCUGCGAAGGAGCAAAUGGGACGUGUCAGACCACCGUGAACUGCACAGUUCCUGAAGCCCGCUGCUUUAUGGCCUAUGCUGAAGGGGCCGUGCUGAGGGGAUGUACAACACAAAGCGCCUGUCAGAAUUCUGUCCAGUCGAGCCCAUCUUCCCAGAUGUACUGCUGUCUUGAAGAUCUCUGCAACCAGCCUUCUUCCACCUUGUUCUGCAACAGCUGCCAAUCUGUUUAUUCGUGGGAAGCUUGCGAGAGCAGCGUCACUCUGUGUUUCCCUCCAUACUCCACUUGUGCAUCACUUCAGUAUUCACUUAAUUUACGUAAGUAG